UUUAUUUAGCGCUGGUCUUGUCGCUACAUUUAGCGGUAGAGAGCAGCGUCUGCUAACACAAGUCAGCUGUACAAACAUCUGCGAGGAUUGUUUACCUUGUGGUCCAAGAGUGAGGAGUUCAUCCCUGUCCUUAACUCUCAUUUGUCGACCGUUUAAUCCAACUUAAACAUGCACAGUAGGAUUACUAUUUGCUAUGUGAAGUAACUGAAAAGUGAAAACAGGAGAUAGAGCAACACCUAGUAGAAAUGUCAAAUGUACUGGAGAAGACAUUUAGUGGUCUUGUGCACAGCUUCUUGGGAACAAGUGGUGGCAGCAACACACUCGCCCAAAGUGUGUCUGGAGUGUCAGGUCUGAAGAAUGUCUCACUUGGCCUUGUACACUUCGUCGAAAAGCUUGAGGCUGCCCGUAGAAUAUCCAAACAGGAAGAAGAGCACUGUGUGGGAUACGAGAGCAGAGAGUGGGUGAAGCUGUUGUCGAGUCCAGGUGUUGGUAGCUCAGUAGUAGCUGAUCUGCUUUGUCGUGCACUCCUUGUUCAUGUGCGGGGCUACUCUCUCCCAAGCCUUCAUAUACACGCCAUCAAAUUAACUCAGAGCCCUAAUGUCCUGCACAAGAAGAUUGGAUAUCUGUUUGUGAGCCAGACUGUUGAUCCCGGGUCCGAGCUCACCUUACUACUCGUCAACACCAUCCACCGAGACCUAGCUGCUGCCAAUGCUCUUCAGGUUGCUGCAUCACUGGCUUCGCUUCCCACUGUUGUCACUCCUGAUCUUACUCCUGCCAUCAUCACAGCUCUCACACACUGCCUUGCUCACCAACAGGUUUAUCUCAGACGAAGGGCUGCAGUAAUGGUUGGUGUGGUGGCAGAAAGAUGUGGAAAAGAUCUUCAGGAGACUGCAAGUGAUCAGGUCCCUCACUUACUUCAUCUUUUGACUGAUCAAGAUCCAGGGGUGGCUUUAGCUGCUAUCAGCUCCCUUUGCAAGAUUUAUAAGUCUUGUGGCUAUGAAAAGACAGAGCUUCGUGAUCAAGUUGCAAAGAGUGCCUCACACCUCUUAACACAAGCACUGAAUGGCGCCCUUCCAAGAGAUUAUCAAGUCAAUUCAUUACCUGCUCCUUUCGUUCAGAUUCAAAUGCUUAGAGUUCUCCGGUGCUUGUCAAGUAAAGACUGGCAAGUCCCAAGUGAUGUCACACAAGCAAUAGAACUGGUACUAAGUCAACCAUGGGGAGGCAGAGAGAUUUCUCUCUAUGCCGUACUGCUGGAGUGCGUAUUCACAGUCACGGCUCUCCCGCACAACGAUACCUUGAUAUCUAGAAUUCUUAAGGUUGUUUUAGGAUUCCUCAGCAGUUCAAAUGUUGACCUCAAAUAUGUGGGUUUAAAGGCUCUUGCUAGUGUCUUCUCAGUACUAGAGGAAGCACUAACACCUAGUCACCUGGAGGCCGUCUUAGACUGUCUGUACCACUCAAAUGCAAACCUUCAAGCCAAAACACUGAAGCUACUGUGUACAAUGGCUAAUUCACAUAAUUACCAGGCUGUGUGUACCACAUUACUGGAGUUUUCAGGACGGACACAGGACGUGACAACACACAAUACAAUUGUAGGUGAAUUGGCAGCCAUCGUCACUAAACAUUGCCAGGAUACACUGUGGUGUGUGGAGCUCAUCUCUCCUAUCAUUUUAUCCUCGCCAACACCUGACAAAAGGCUUACAGAUGCUCUUGUGCUCGUACUGGAACAAGGAUUUAGAGAAGAGAAAAAUAUUAAAGCAUCUACCGAGGCGUCGCAGGAAUUACUUCUGAAAAUCUUCAGUCAUACAUCACUUUCUGAAGCUUACAUCAGCCUCAUAGCUUCCAUUCUCAAUUUACACUACGUUAGAGAUCCUAAACAAGUAUCAAAGUAUUUUACAGAUUCAUUCUUAGAAAAACUUAAGUUAAUGAGAAACUUGAAGGAAGAUGAUUCAGCUAUUUUCCAGUGCCUUAAAAACAUAGGACUUAAUGAUAAAACUGUUUGUGCAGAUAUUGUGUCAUUUUUGCAGCCUUAUACAGUGACAGGAAAUAUAGAUCUGGCUUUGAAAGAAAAAUCAAAUGAAAUCUGCAAGUGGCUUACCAAUCCUCAGCUUAGUAUAAGAGUUAUUAAAAGACAGGAGGAUAUUUUGAACCACAAGGUUAAUGUAGAUUUGACACUAAGUUUUCUUGACAGUUAUGUAGUUGCUUCUCUUGAAAGUGGUGCUAUUCCAUUUAAGCCAUUUAGUGUAGUCCUGGAAGAGAAAAUACCAAGUGAUGUCCACGAGCCACACUGGAAUGCAAAUGUUAGUUUGGGAUCUGAUGAUGGGCGCUCCUCAACGCACUCCAUUGGCACUGGCCUUACGAGUGGCACUAGUCAGAGUGGCAACUACUUAAACAGGAGUAUGACUGCACCUAGCAAGCGAGUGUGGAGCACUGAAGGUCGGAUACGGCAAAAGUCUGAAGGUGAAGAAUCUAUUAGGUCUCGUGUUGACUCAUCGUCACAACCAGUAGGCCUGCAAGGUACUCUGCUUGGGAAUGAAGACGAGGAGGAGGAUGAAGUAACGGAGGGAAGUGUUGAACUGGCAGAUGAAGCUCAAGAAGAUGAAGAGGAGAAAGUAUUAGAAACUUCUCACAAUCAAAGAUCACAGUUAACUCACGCACUCUUAGCAGGGCUUGGGAUGACAAGAACAAAGUAACCUGCAGUACUACAACUAUGAUGUGUGAAAAGUUUUUAUAAGACGGUACAUAAGAGAACCCUUAUGUUGUGUUGCCUCCCUCUAUGAGGAUGGAAAAACUUUUCUUGAGCGUAUUGCUAGACCUAUUUCCAGAACACCUAGAUCGUUCCCAAAGAGUGACUGCCCCCUAAGAAUCGGAAGCAAGGACUUUACUUCCACCUAAAUCCAGGGAAUAAUAAUAAUAGGACCUUUUCCAUCUACAUCAUAGUUCGGAAAGUAACAAAUAGGGCUUCCCUAUGCACUUGGUUUGAUCUUACAAAAAAUACUUAAGCAAUGGCUCCUAGCAUGAAAAGCAAGAGUUUGUUUAAAGUAAUAUGUUCAUUUACCUAAUUAAUUGCAAUAAAUUAUGCAUGUAUUUCUAACAAGCAGGCUGCUACAGUAAUAAAAUACCAACAGCAACAAAAGAUUUUUUCAAUGCACACAGAAUUAAGAUUUCACAGUACCAGCAUCAUUUUACCCAUCACAAACUGGAGCCUAUUCAUCUUCAUCCAUCCAAACAUUUUCACACAAACUGGAGCCACAGUUUGCAUCUGUGUAUCAUCUCUACAUCAUUUCUACCAGAAAUGAUGAGAAAAUGUUUGGAUGGAUGAAGAUGAAUAGGCACAUGGAAGGUGAAUAAUGAUAGUUGGUCAUUGGGCAUAAAGAUGAAUUAAUUUUCAUCUCUGUAAGACACUGUUAAUGAUUUGUUAUUGGAAAAGUGCUGCCAGGCCCUACAGGGUGCAUAAUAGAUGAACAAAAACAUCUGACCAUUACCAAAACAAAAGGAGGCACCAAGCUGGGGAGCCUUGAAUAUCCAGUGACACUGGUGGUGUUAUAAGACACCAAAUAUCAUUUGAAGAUGCCAAUAGAAGAACAAAAGCAUAUAAAGCAAGUGAUAUCAAAGAUAUCCAAUUCACUGAAGGAUUCUAUCGUGAGACAUUUGGAAAACAUCCUGAAAAUUGUGGCAUUCUUCAAGGGGUGCACAACUGUGAGAGGGAGAAUGCAGUUCAAAGAAUAAGAAGCAGGGUGGUGUUUCAUCAAGUGCCUGUGAGUUAUGCAUGUAUGGCCAAUGUGUAACCUAGCCAGAACUGUUUCCCAUCGCCAAUUAUAAUGGUACGAGGAAGGCCAAGAGUAAUCCCAAUGCCCAUCGAAAGUCAACCACAAUUAACACCUGUUAUUGUGCACAAUAACAGGUGCAUAAAAAUCAUUUAGCUUAAAGUGUACAAAGUACAAAUAAGAUAUCUACUGUAUUUUAUCAUUGUGAUCAUUCUUGUAAAAAAAAAAUUAAUACUAGCAUUGAUAUAGUUUUUGAUAUGUUACUGGUGUAAACAAAAAAAAUUAAUACGAGCUAUUAAAAAAAGCUACAAUUGCAAAUAAAGUACACCCAUGAUAAUCUAAAGCCUCAAAAUUAAACACUUGUGUAUACUGUAUAAAUAACUUGAAUGUCUAUGUACGUAGUAAGAGUGGCAAUGAAAUUAUUAAUUAUUUGCAAGUUUACAUCACCUUCCCUUUGACGAAUGAAACUAAACCACCAGUUUCCUAAAAGUAAGUAAGUAAUUAUCAAAAGAAGGCACCAAACCGGGAAGGCUAUGUAGCACCAUCAAAUGUGCGGAAUAAUCAGAGGGCGCUAAAUAUCAGUUUCCUAAAAGGUUUUUUAUAUUAAUCAACAUUUAAAAAUGUUCUAAAGAUGCAUAUCCUUAUACACUACUGCAUCCAACACUAAGAAUGGGGUGCAACAAUCUAAAUCUGUUAAGGAUUUACUGUACUGUAGUUUGCACUAUAAAUUGUUGGGGGGGACAACUAUACUUGUCAGAAGAGUGACAAAUGUAUAAUCAAUGAUAAAAGUUGAGUAAAAGUAAGCUUAAGUUAGUAUACUUCACCCAUACCUUAAUUUGUUUGUUUUUGAAAUUUCCAGCAACAAGGACAAAUCAUUAGUCAAGAAAUUAUAAGUUGGUCAUGUUUAAUGUUUUAUUAACUUACUGAUGAUUUUGUACAUAUGAACAUAUAAUACAAUAUGAUAUAUAAAUUGAAAAAGUCAUUUUCCUUCCUUCUUUAAACUGCAUCAUGAAGAUUAAGGAGAGCUGUAUCUCUGUAAU